AUGGACGCAUUGACCGGCAUCGAAGACGAUGCGUACGCUGGUCCCGACGCAUACGUCGAGGGGAAUGACGGCCCAGAGGAUCUUGACUUCGAGAUCGAAGAGGGCGAAGACGAAGACGAAGACGAAGAUGACGAAGAUGACGAAGAGGAGGAAGGUGGCUUUGACGAGGAGACGGAUGUCGGGACACUUCUGAAUGGUAACGGCCAGCCGACGACCAUCACUUUGGACAGCAACACUCUGGCGCAGGUUCAGCGACUCCUCGGCUUCUCUCGCGGCGUCCCUGUAACUAGUGCUGACCGUGACGAAGACGAAGACGACGAAGACGAGUACUUCAAUCACUAUGGUCACAGUGGCAAGUGGGAUCGCACGCAGGAUUGGUGGCCGGAGAUUAAGGAGCCUAAGAAAGAAGGCCUUCAGCUUCUCAUGGGCGGCGAGUUUGGGAGGCUAAAGCAUCAGCUGAAGUCACGGAAGAAGGACAACAACAUCGCUAGGCUUGCGCUCAACAGGGGCACACGAAUACGGCCUGCAUAUAAGGAAGACUUGGCAAAUGAGCUACUGCCGAAUUCAAACGGCACGGCUGUGGCACAGUAUGCUGCCAACGCUUACGUCGGGCAAUAUUCAUCGGAUUCUACCUUCUACUACACAUGUGUCAGAGACUUCCGCCUUCAUGUGUAUGAUACGACUGCGCCCCUCAGCCAACGGAACGUGGAGGCAACACGGAACGAACGGCACGGACAUACUACGUCCAUGAAGGUAAUCAAGACAAUCCCAGCCAACCCUGGUCGCUGGACAAUCACGGACUCACACCUCAGCCCUGAUAAUCAAAGGAUGAUCUACGCGUCAAUAGGUAUGCAGUCUAACACGGUAUAUAUGACUACGACACUGGAUCCGUCGCCAGUACAACAUCCCAUCCGCUUUGGCGAGUCGACAGGCAAUCAAGUAUGGGACUAUGAGGACGAUUUCGGCAUCUGGAGCUGCAAGUUCUCUGCUGACGGCAACGAGGUCAUCGCAGGAGGUAGCAGCAUGAUCUUCGGCAACUCAUUGACCUUCUGGACAGUGUACGAUUUGAUCGCUGAUCAGCGAACCGUGAAGAUUCAGGCACAUACAGACGAUGUGAACAGUUGUUGUUGGGCCGAUACGGCAUCAGGAAACAUCCUUGUAAGCGCGUCGGACGACACCUUCAUUAAGGUUUGGGAUCGACGAUCACUCGGUGCCUCGCCCAAACCUUCUGGUGUACUCAUCGGCCAUACAGAAGGCAUCACCUACGUCUCAGCCAAAGGCGACGGUCGCUACGUCAUCUCCAACGGCAAAGAUCAAGUCCUGCGAUUAUGGGACCUCCGCAUGAUGCGCUCGAACGACGACUUCGAGCGGGUGGAGCGGACACACUACGGCGUCCCUCACUUCGACUACCGGUGGGUCCCCCUCCGCAGACUCUCGCAUGCCUCCCGAGACUCACUCUCAGCGUCCAGCGGCGGCUCGUAUCCAAGACCGAAGUACAAGGCGCACCCGCUCGAUUGCAGCGUCAUGCAGUACACGGGCCACGAGGUCCUCCGCACGCUCAUCCGCUGCCACUUCAGCCCCGCGGAGACAACCGGCCAGCAGUACAUCUACUCGGGCAGCUCUGAUGGGCGGAUUCAUAUCUGGUCGUUGGACGGCCGCGUCGUGCAAGUGCUCGACCGCUCGCAGACGCUUCCGAUGAGCUUCGAUCCGUCGGGCCCUGACCCGCCUGGUUUGCAUACGGCGCACAAAACGAAGACCUGUGUCCGGGACGUUAGCUGGCAUUGUGAGCAGCCGGUGCUCAUGAGUGCUGGGUGGCUAGGCACACGCUGGGGCAAUAGAGAAGGCAGCACGAUUGCGCGGCAUGAGUGGAAAGGCCUGUCGAAGAUGAAUAACCGAUUACAGGACUACGUAGAGAAGCAGCAGCAGGAGCUGCCCCAUGCAGAAAGUGCGCGAAGUCUGCGUUCUCGGCAACGGAGGAUGCCUGGCUCCGCCGUCUUUGACACCAUGCGGCUCACCCCGACUGAAUCCCACCUCAACACUGAGUUCCCAGUCGCUAUGAACGCUGACCUGAACCUCUAUGGCUUUCCGCCGGGCUACUUCAUCAUCCGCUCUGUGGCGACGGGCCGCCUCCUGGAUGUGGAGAUGGGAUGGGCGGAUGAUGGGACGCAGAUGAUCCUGUACACGGAGAACGAGACUUCGUUGGUGGACUCUAUGCGCGACCCGGCUGCGGACAACCAGGUCUUCUUCAUUGACACUUCCGGAGUCGGAACGAUACCAGACGACUGUCUCGUGCUGCGCCACCGACGUCCCGUCCUGCAGCCGUUCCCCAACUCCUACUCCCACCCGCUCCCUCGCUUCUCGUAUGACCGCCAGACGAAGAACAUCGCAGUCACCUUCGCUUCGGAUCCCUCCUAUCCCAAACCCGGCCCCGAACGCAAAACAUGGGAAGCUUGGAAGGAGAUGACGUUCCUGGUUACCGCUGUUCCCGCUCGCAAGCCCCGCGGGAUCAUCGACGACGCAUCCCAGCUGCUCACGAGCGCGAUCACGACACCGUUGUCACUGUUCGGUGCACUGAGGCCUGCAUCGAGCGCCACGCCUGAGACUGUGUUCGCGAGCGGCGAGGUUGACCUGAGGGAGGACGAGAUCCUGGAGCAGGAGCGCUCAGAGGAGGGCGAGGUUGACGACUCUCCGGAACGUCGACGUGAGGUGCGUGUAUUGGCGCUUGCGAAGGAGGAGGUAGAUGCGGCCAGUGCGAAGGCGAAGCUGAGGAGGCAGUGGGAGGUCAUCCCUCUGCGGGCCUCCAGGAAGAGCACAAGCUACUGA